GUGAGAGUGUCAGCUCCGCGCCCUUCCUGCGCCUCUACAUCUCCACCAUCCUGGCGCUGCAGCAGCGCGCGGGUGCGGGCGUGCGGCUGCCGCUGGCCAUCAUGACCAGCGACGACACGCACGCGCGGACGGAGGAGCUGCUGCGGAAGAACAACUGGUUCGGCAUGGAGGAGGAGCAGAUCACGCUUCUGAAGCAGGAGAAGGUCGCCUGCCUCUCCGACUCCUCCGCCCACCUGGCGCUGGAGCCGGGCAGCCGCUGGUCGCUGCAGACCAAGCCGCACGGGCACGGGGACGUGCACAUGCUGCUGGCGCAGUCGGGGCUGGCGGCGCGGUGGCUGCAGCAGGGACUCCAGUGGGUGUGCUUCUUCCAGGACACCAACGCGCUGGUGUUCCGCGGCCUGCUGCCCGCGCUGGGCGUCUCCGCACGCCACCAGUACGACAUGAACAGCCUGGCGGUGCCGCGUAAGGCGCGGGAGGCCAUCGGGGCCAUCGCGCGUCUCACCAAGCAGGGGCAGGAGGGGCAGCAGGAGGGCCCCUCCUCGCUGACCAUCAAUGUGGAGUACAACCAGCUGGACCCGCUGCUGAGGGCCACCGGGGACGGGCAGGGAGACGUGAACGAUGAGACGGGCUUCUCGCCCUACCCCGGCAACAUCAACCAGCUGGUGCUGUCGCUGUCCAGCUACGUGCCGCAGCUGGCCGCCACCGGGGGGGUCAUCUCGGAGUUCGUCAACCCCAAGUACAAGGACGCCAGCAAGACGGAGUUCAAGAGCAGCACGCGGCUGGAGUGCAUGAUGCAGGACUACCCCAAGGCGCUGCCCCCCACCGCCAACGUGGGCUUCACCACCAUCAACCAGGUGUGGAGCAGCUACUCCCCCGUCAAGAACUCCCCAGCGGAGGCGGCCGCCAAGUUCCGGGAGGGAAACCCAACCCACAGCGCCACCACAGGCGAGCUGGACCUGUACAAGUGCCACUGCCUGGCGCUGCAGGCGGAGUGCGGCGCGCAGCUGCCGGCCGCCCCGCUGCCCUGCGCCACCUUCAACGGCAUCACCUCCGAGCUCUACCCCGCCGUGGUGCUCACACCCGCCUUCGCACCCACUCUGGGGGAGCUCAAGUCCAAGAUCUCUCCCGGCUGCCUGCGCCUGGCCGCCGGCUCCACGCUGCUGCUGGACGGCCCCGACAUCCGCAUCACGGGGCCGCUAGAGGUGGCGGGGGCGCUGCUGGUGCGCGCGGUGCCGGGGGCGCGGGUGGAGCUGCGGGGGCCGCUGCGGGUGGCCAACGCGGGGUGGCAGUGGGUGCCACUGCAGGAGGGGGAGCAGGCGCGCGAGGAGGAGCGCAUCCGUGGCUUCCGUGUGGUUCGGCACGAGGCGAUGGAGCUGGUGUUCGACACGCCCGGGGAGUACGUGGUGCCGGAGCAGGAGAUGCAGCAGCAGCAUGAGGAGGUGCAGCAGCAGGAGGAGGAGGUAAAGCAGCAGGAGGAGGAGGUAAAGCAGCAGGAGGAGGAGGUAAAGCAGCAGGAGGAGGAGGUAAAGCAGCAGGAGGUGCAGGAAGUGGUGCAGCAGCAGCAGGAGCAGCAGCAGGAGGCGGCGGCGGCAGUGGAGGUGCAGCAGCAAGAGGAACCCGAGCAGGAGGUGCAGCAGGAGCCGGCAGAGCAGCCGGCACCACAGCAACAGCAGCAGGCAGAGCAGGAGGAGCCCGAGCCGCCGCAGGGGCAGCCAGUGCAGCAGGAGGAGGAGGCGGCCACCGCAGCAGUCCAGGAGGAGGCGGCCGCUGUCACCGCCACGAGCGGCAGCACGGAGCCGCCGCAGGAGGCGGCUGACAGCACCGCAGCGGAGGGCGCGCAGGAGCAGCAGCCUGAGGAGGAGGAGGUCCUGGUCCCGGCGCCAGUAGUGGCUCCGGCUGAGGAGGCAGCGGCUGCUGCUGCGGCUCCGGAGCCCAGCUGCGAGGAGCCGCAGCCGCAGCAGCCCGAGGAGGCUGCGAGCCAGGCAGUGACGGCGGCUGCGGUGGAGCAGCCCCAGACAGAGGCUGAGCCGGCAGCUGAGCCUGUGGAGCAGGCAGUGGAGGCUGGGGCCCGGGCAGAGCAGGGGGAACCGGGGGAGGAGCAGGCUGCCGAGGAGGCGGCUGCUGAGCCGGCGACCCAGAUCGACACGGCUGCGGUGCGGCAGCAGGAGCCGGAGGGCGAGGCCAAGCCAGAGGCGCAGGAGGUACCGGAGGCAGCCCAACCGAAUGGCGAUGCGCUGCCCGAGGCUAAGCCAGAGCCGGCACCUGCUGAGGACCAGGCAGAGGCGCAGGAACAGCCCCAGGCUCAGCCGGAGCAGGGGGUGGAGGAGGCAAAGCCCGAGCAGGUUGCAGGAGCCGCUGCUGCCCCUGCCCCUGCUGCGGCGGCAGUCCCGGCGAGCAGCUCCGUGCUGUCGGCUGAUGCGAAGCCGUUCGUGCCAGGUAGCUUCGCAGGAGCUAUAGCCGCUGCGGCAGCUGCGGCUGCAAAGGUAAACGGAGAUGCGGUUGUGAACGGGAACGGCAAGCGGGAAGCACCCACGCCGGCGCCCACGAGCUCGCCUAAUUCCAAGUCCAGCAAGGCGUCGAAGAAGGCCAAGGCCAAGGCUGCCGCUGUGAAGGCUGCGGAUAGCAAGGAGUAAUCUUCGGGUUGAGCAGUCUCUCUUUACAUAGUGCAACUAUGUGGCAUAGUAGGGUCAGGGAUGGAGCAAUGUGUGCAUGGUGUGUCAAGGAAGUUCCUUGCCGGAUGGCUCGUGUCCGACCAACGGAUGGGAGCUCGGGCGGUGCAGAGUAGCCGCGUAGCAAGGAGUAAGAGAUGGACACCGCUGGUUACUAUGCACCAGAUAGAGCUAGCGGAGUAGCAUAAGCUGUAGAGCUUGCCGGUCAUGAGUUGUGCAAUGCCGCCCGGUCCCUGUACUUCGGUUAGGAUUUUGCCUAUGGUGAAGCUCUUGCCGGAGACCUAACCAACCUACUGGCCGGUACGCAUUGUGUCUUAUGGCUGCAUAGAUAGCUAUCUGCGCCGAUAGACCUGCGCUGUACGAACGCUUUGUCGUCUCGGCGCUGUAGCUGCAGCAAUUGUAGUAGGAUGAAAUUGUUGACCACCAAUACAUGCGUGGGACAACUCUCUUAAGCGUCAAACUGCUUCUUGUGAACAUCAAGUUUUCCAAGCGAGCUGCACAGGGGUCAGACUUUCUGGUGCCAUACGUAUUAGGCUUAACUUUUGGAUGAUACGGACUCAAAUUAGAUGACUUAUAUAUAUUCUGCUGUAAUCAAGCGUAAAAAACAGGCACAUUUGACUUAUAUUUGAGUUGCCUGCGCACCAGCUGUUACGGGGCUGGAGAGGUCCAAAGCGUUAAUCCAGCAACCUGGCCCUUCCCUUUGGCAGCAGAUAUGAUUCUUACACGCUAACCAUUUGUUGCAAACAUAUAAGUCGACUUGCGGGCACCCCACCCCACCCGUGCAAUGUGCCACAUUGUGGUGCGCACGCAGCAGGUGUCCAACAUCCCGUUCGCCCGGUGCACACGCCUCCUACUAUGUCUGCUGGUUGCGGCGGUACUGGUGAAACCAUCGCUUGGAAAUGUAGCCAACGCUACACAGACGUUUAGGGGCACCCUCACCAUCAUGUCGGGUGACAUGACGGACGACGACAACGACCUCAUCUACGUCCUGCGCCAGCCCAGCUCCUUCGCCUUCUACGAACUGCGCAUGCCGCACGACCACAUCCCCGGCACCCUCCACUCCGGUGAGAUGGUGGACGUGCUCGGCUGGCGGCUGGACGAGGACACCAUCGCCGUGGUCAGCGUCACACCCGUCAGCGCCUCCGUGCUGCUGCACCGGCUGCUCAACGAGGCGGAGACGGCCGCGGCGUCCGCCGCCGCCGCCGCGAUGCACGCCCGGGUGCUGCAAACCGGGCCGACAGCGGCGGCGGCUGUGGCGGCGGCCAUGUCGGUUGUGAGCAACCCGCGGGUGGUUGUGGAGGUGCCGGUGCUGUACAUGCUGGUGGGCAUCUGUGGCUUCCAGCCCGCCAUGAGCGUGCAGGAACUGGAGAAUGUGCUGUUUGCGGGCCCGGGCAGUGCGGCGCGCACGCUGGAGGGCUACUACUACGAGUGCAGCAGGGGCAGGACCGCCAUGACCCGCGGCAACAGCCUGGUGGUGGGGCCCAUCAUGCUGCCCUGCGCCUUCAACAGCUCCUACCGCUUCUCCUCCACCUCCUGCGCCUACCGCGACGCAUGGGGCUGGCAGACGUGGGCGCAGCAGUACGUGGCCAACAGCCUCUCCGUGGACAUCAGCCGCUUCAAGCACCGAGUGCUGGUGCUGCCGCGCGGCUUCACAUACGAGGCGGGCUGCCCCUGGAUGGGCCUAGGCACUCUGGGGCCGGUGGAGAAGGGCGAGGAUGGGUCGUACAUUUCCUCCAUGGCCUGGAUCCAGGGCGAAUCCGCGACGGAGGUGAUGGCGUUCAUGCAUGAGAUCGGGCACAACCUGUACCUGCACCACGCGAAUGACUCCAAUGGGUGUGAGUAUUGCGAUUGGAGCAGUCUCAUGGGCGGUUGCUGCGCGAUCCGCUGCCAUAACGCGCCGCACAACUGGCAGUUGGGCUGGGGAACGCCGCUAGCGGUGCUGAACUCGGCAACCAUGCCGCCUGGAGGGUUCUUCUAUUUUGACCUGCCGGCGCAAAACGCGGCGGAUGCGAAUCUCCUGUGGCUGCAGCCGGACUGGACGGCGGCGGGAGCUCGUACACAGGCAUUCCCGACGUCGUACUAUAUAUCGUACAGGAUUGACAGCGGAAAAUAUGAUGCGGAUAUCCCGGAUGUGUACUUGUACGCGACGAAUGUGUACUUUUGGGAUGGCUUGACGCAAACAACGGUACGACGUACCAGACACGUGGCCUCGGUGUUUACGGAUGAGGAGUACCGCAGUACGACGGAGCAGUGGGUUAUACGGCAGCUCUCACACGGCGUCGGCGGCGGCCGCGUGGGCGUGUGUCGCUUCACAGAGGAGCGCGAGACGUCGUGUCACGACGGCCUGGAUAACGACUGCGAUGGUUUCGUCGACUGGGACGACCCAGAUUGUGCCAUGCCCGCUCCGCCGCCAUCGCCGCCGCCGCCGCCUCCAUCCCCCGCGCCGCCUCCAGAUCUGAUUGCGGAUCCCCCGUCAACCGAGUACUACGGCACGUCACCGCCGCCGCCGCCAGGCACCCACUUGCGGCCCCCGCACCCGCCGUCGCCGCCGCCGCCGCCAAGUCCCCCAGGCUCAACUACCGCCAGCCCGCCGCCGCCUGUCAAGAUUGACCAAACCGCAGCUGCAAGGCCACCUUCGCCGCGCCCACCGAGCCCGCCGUCGCCGACUGGCUCCCCGCCCCCGUCGCCGCCGCCGCCUCCGUCGCCGCCGCCGCCAAGCCGGCCACCACCCCUGUCUGCAACUAAGCGGCAGCCUCCUCCGUCGCCGGUACCCCCUCCACCGGAUGCAGCAUCCAUCAAGAAGGCGAAGAAGCCGCCACCGCCGACACCUCCGAAGCCCUCGCCGCCGCCGAAGCGCAUCCAGCUCCAGCCACCGCCGUCUCCGCAACCGCCAACCAAGAAGUCGCCACCUCCGCCACCGCCUUCGCCGCCACCGCCAAUAGAAAAGUCACCACCUCCGCCUUCGCCGCCGCCGCCGUCACAGCCAAAAAAAAAGCCGCCGCCUCCAUCGCCGUCGCCGCAGUCACGGCCACCGCCAAAGAAAAAGUCUCCGCCGCCCCCACCCCCGCCAUCACCGCCGCCACCGAAGAAGCAGCCGCCACCUUCCAAGAAGGCGAACCGGCGGCGCCUGUCUUUCAAGCUCGACCGCAGCGACUUGCUGUGAUUGAACAGCCCAAUGAAAGAGCAGCGCGUUCAAAGAGAUGUAGUCCUUUCGGUUGCACAUGCGGUAUUUUAUAUGUUAGAACCUUAUGAAGCUAGGGUCGUCUAGGUUUGGACCAUACAAGGUUACUGGGACCAGGUCCGGUCCUGCAGCCAAUACACCGGUACUCCGUGUUGGGGUUACGGGAGAGGUGAUCCCAGCGGUUCAAGGGUAUUACACUGCGUGAGGGAGUGUCUAAUAGCGCCGCUGUGGCUUAAGCCGGCAGGUGGCUUUGUUGUCUGCGCGCGAGUGCAUGCGGCGUACGUGCAUUGUGUAUUUGCAGUUGGGCGCUCCAAACUGCGGGCUUGCAUGGCACCUCCUGAAGCGGUAUUGUUGCACCGUGCGCGAGCGCAUGGGGGGGUAUGCACUGUGGUUAGGGUUCCAACCGCGUGCCCAGGGUGUUGAUGGCGGUUGGGUGAUCAGCCUGAUAUUGCUUAGGUAGGCAACUGGGAGAGGUAGGUGGAGAGGAGAUGUGUUGACGAGGGGGACCAAAAGGGCGGGUAGUGUUAUACGGUGCUAGGCGUUUAGCACUCUAGCAUACGCACCUGUCUGCGGUAAGGUGUUGCUGCAAUCAGCAUGAGAGGGGCGGGGUACUUGGCAGCUUUUGAUUCCUGAGGGUGGUCAUUCAUGUUGGUCGUGAGCAGGGAGCUCUUACCCAGUGGUCCUGUAGGCCUCGAGCCAUGGGGGUUGCGGCAUGUGGUGCUGCAAUUGCCAUACAAGGCAAUGAACGAUCGGCGCAGUUGCGUGGGACCAUUUCAUACAUCCCGUGGGGUUGUGAUCUUGUAUCGGGGCUGUAGCACCUCCGCUCGGGAGCGGUCCGCGGCUCGGGAGCGGGGAUAUGCAGCUCAUUGCGUGUCAGUCUUUCUGCCAACACUGUUUGCUGUCUUAAGGGGGCGCAUUCUCUCCCGCGUGAUCCGCGCCUCACGCCAAUGAAUGUGUGCUGUCGGCACGCUGACUUGCAUCUGGAUGAUGAGUGCGGUGAAGCAAAGCGUGGAUUCCGUUUACUUCUGGUAUUUGCUAUUUCAUGUUGCUGUUACCUAUGGGUGCCAUGUGUAUACCUCGACCAUGUGUUACUGUGCUUCCCGGACGCAACGUACUCCUGGUGCAAACACACGCCGCCGGAGCCAUGGGUCUGCUGGAAGGGUGCCUGUAAUGUGGCCGAGAGACCAGUAGCUGACAAUGGUUGGCAGGUGCGAUCCCAAACGGAACACUUGCUACGGCCUUAUUACCGGUACAUGAG